AUGGAUGUUACAUUGAGUCGGAUAGCUAGUACUUUUGAGAAUGUGCGAAAUACAAUAAAAAAUAAACAUUCUUCAGAAAGACUUCAAAAUUUGAAAAAAGAUAUUCAAUUCCUGCAAACUGAGCUUAUUGUAUUGGGUAAAGAGAAUCAUGACCUUUAUGUACGAUCCUUGGCAAUGGAAGGAUAUUUAGCUUUGUUAACAGCUAAAUCGAUGCCGAUAUCAUUAAUUGAUAAACGGAACAUCCUUCAAACAUCUUAUGAUAAACUCAAACCUUACGAAUUACGAGAAGAUUGUCUUUUCAUAUUACUGAGAAUACAAAAUUUACUAUGUUAUUAUCUAAUACAGUUAGAUCAGACAUCUUUGGCCCGAGAAAUACUUGAAAAUAUAGAAGAGAUUUAUGAUAAGGUCAAUCAAUUUAAGCCAGACACAUUUUUGGACGCUGAAGAUUUAUUUACAACUGAACCCAUCAAUACAAUUAAACGAAUCAACCCAGAAAAGAUCGACAAAGUAAUUACAAACAAUAUUCAAAUGCAAGCGUUUUUGUACAACAAAUUGAAUUUACCAGAUAAGUACACUCUUUACAAUCAUACAGCAUUAAGAAGACAAUUGGAAAUGAAAGAAGGUACUCCCCAAGACUGGGCUUUACGAACUGCACGACUUGGCAAUUAUUUUACAUAUCUGAAUCAACUUAAUCAUGCUCGACAUCAUUUAUGCGCAGCUUAUCAUGUGCUGCGUACUUGUCACGAUAAUUGUAAAUUAAUGCCAGAAGAAUUUAUUCUUCAGAAGGCAGAUUUUGAAAUACAAUUCCUGGAGUUGAGUCAUCAUUGGGUCAAAUAUGGCUUAGCGCUAUUUAAGCUUUCUCGGAAAAAUAUUUUAAAUAAAUAUUUCACACAACCGGCAUCCAAAGCAGAUUUAUGGAAAACUAUGGAUGUUGUUAAUGAAAAUAUAGAAAAUCUCGAAGAAAACGGAAAGGAUGUCGGUACAGAGAAGAUCGGUAAAGGAGACUGUUCAGCAGAUAAUAUUUUUACGUUCCCUUCUUUGGAUCUAAAAGACAUAGAAAACAGAGUUCCAAAGGAAACUGUAAAAACUUCGGAAAGUGCUCGAAAACUUUUUGCAUUUACACAUAAAUGGUUGAUGAGAGCUAAGCAUUAUUACGAUUUUGAACAACAUUCUGCUCAGUACAUAACAUGUUCCUUGCAACUAGCUGAACUAUACGAACACCUAGCGUUCUUCGAAAGAAAUAUUGACAGUCAAUACAGUAUUCAAAAGAGAAGAGCAGAUGUUCUGGAGGCGUUAAAUUCUUUAUUAAAAACGUGCGAUAACGUUAUGUCAGUGCAGAUCGAUGUAAUUCGGGAACUAUCUCAAGUGCAAUUGGAACUGAUGGCUUUAAAUUUGCAAAAAUUAUGGGUUGAAGAAUCUCAAACCAAUAUACUCAAUUUAGAUAUUGAUGCAGAUUCAAUAAUUCAUUCCUUAGAUUCGGAAUCGAAUAAGACUCUUACUGAGAAAACACUAAGCGCCAGUUGUAAAAAUGCUCUCUUGAGGAAAAUGGAAGCAGCGACGUCCUUAAACGGGAGAUUGUUUAGACUGAGUGGGCAAUUGAAUGGUAAUCCUGUUCCGUCUGAAUCAAGUUUUGGAAUGGACCUUAAAAUUUAA